AUUGGUCGUAUUGAACAUGGCUUUAAUGUCAGACCUGAUCUCUGUGCUGUUGAGAAUCCAAUAAAUCCAAGGUCAGUUCACUUGUAGUAUACUCCUACAUCGUAACUUUCAAUCCUUUGUUAAUCAAUGACUUAUGGCUGGACUUGAACACUCGCCAAGUGAUUGCAAGACAUGAUUGUAAGACAUGAAAAAAGUAUAGACGCCUAUCUAAGAGGGUGACCGGUCAUUUCGCCCACAAGUCGGUUCGCUAACGUCUUCAGUCGUUUCGCUUAAGGAAGUAAACGAGCACUUCACAUGCAUACAGAAUACCUCGUUCUUUCAGCCAGUACACGAAAAAGUGUGACACACAUGAACAGGUUGUUCCUUUAGCCACUGAUCAGGCGAGAGCAGUUAGGAAACUGACCUAACACGUUUGCAAAACGACUUAAGAGUUAAGACGUUGGCGAACAGGACGUUUUCGAAACGACUCAUGACGCCGAACUUUUUAAGAGCCGAACCUGAUACAUUGAAUAAAGUACAUGAAAGUUCGGUGUCAUGAAUCAAUUAGGAACGGCUUAGCCGUUCUUUUCGCCUACCCCGGCCGGGAAUUUCGCCUUUGGUCGCGACUUUGGAACGGCUUUGAUUCAGACGCAUAAAUUAUUAGAACGUAUUUUGUAAGCAGUUUGACCAAAAUGAGCACUUAGUUCAGCUGAAAUUAAGAUCGGCGUCUGAAUCAAAUCAGCUGGUCUAAAUAAUUUGGGUCGACCUUAAUUCGAGUUAGGGUCGGCUUAUGAAAAGUUCGGCGUCAGAACCGGGCCUAAGACGGCCCCUUUUGUCGCAUCCAACAGUUUCUGUGUGAGUUAACUGUAUUGUAGCAGUGUUAAAUUGAUUUUGUUAGAUGUAUUCUUUAUAAUCUCACAAUACUUUCUAUAGACUACAAACAGAACCUUAAAUGUAUCAUUCGUUAUAAUAUUGCAUGUUUCAGAAACUACAUUGGUCAAAUUUAUACAGAUAGUCUUGUCCAUGAUGAAAAAGCUCUUAAAUUACUGGUUGACACCAUUGGUCAGGUAAAGAGUUCAGUGAUUUUUGGUUAUGAUCUAUUUAAUACACUGUGAAAUUUAUGCAAGCAAAAAUUAACAAGACGUGUACUUAGGAUGGGUUAUGUCACGCUAUUUGCUAUCGUUUGUCUUUGCAUCAAUUGAAUUCUAAAAGUGACGGUCUAGAUUUGGUAUUUCAGACUAUAUUUUAUAGGCAUUGAAACUGGUUUCUGUCGUCUGUUUGUACGAACGGCAAGGCUGUACGUGGAUUGAAACUUAGUUUUGAUGUUGCCUGCGUAGCAAGCGUUUCCGUAGCAAGCGUUUCGUUUCCACCCCGACAGUGAUUUAGUUCUUCUUUUGCGUAGGUUUUUGCUAACAAGGUGAAGUUUUAGUAAGCCAUGAUGAGAUUGUGACUUGUUGUGUUGAUCAAGAACGAGCUGACCUGUGCAAGUCUGAGUCCCCAUUAAAGUUGUGUUUUCAAUAAUCUUCGUUUGUGUGCGAAGCGCACUUGUCCCCUGUACAGACACAACACUGAAAAAAAAUGAUAAUAAACCUUCAAGCUCUCAAUUUUCUCAUUGCAGCAAGCGUGGGCUCAUUAUCCUGCAUGUGUAUUUUUUUUUUUCAGGAGAAUGUUAUUUUAGGCAGUGACUACCCGUUUCCUCUCGGAGAACAUCAUCCAGGAAAACUCAUCGAGGAUGUG